GUGACCUUGGCAUUUCGACAUCUCGAUCCAUGCGGUGGUGGUUUGUGGCAGUAGGUGGCGCGAUUGCCGUCGGGUGGACCGCAGCAAAAGAGCCCAACGCAAAAGGCCACUGCACUGCCAUACUCGUCGGCGCCAAGGCGUCCGCACAUGGCACGCCGAUGACGACGCACAGCAAUGACUGCCCAUUUUGCGACUUCCGCUUGGUAAAGAUUCCGCCGCAGACGCACCCUGCCGGCAGUGAGCGCAACGUGUACUUAUUCGCGUCGCAGUACCCUCGCCACGUUGGACCAUCGCGCGGCCCUUCCUACGAUCCAUCGUCUGUUGACCGCCGCUUUUUCAACUGGACGGACACUCCUUCGAUUGCCCAAAUCCCUCAAGUUCCUGCGACAUACGGGUACCUUGAAGGCGUGUACCCGAUCAUGAACGACCACCACGUUGCCUUGGGUGAAAGUACGUGCGCAGCCAAGUUCGUGUCGAAGCCUGUGUCUGGCGGAGGCCUCGCACGCCUUGACAUUGUCGAGUUGGGUCGCGUGGCCCUGGAGCGGUCGGCUACUGCACGCGCCGCCGUCAUGCUCAUGGGAGAGCUUGCCGAAACAUUCGGCUACUACGGAUCAUUCUGGGACACAGCGGCAGCGUUUGAAAACUCGGGCGAAGCGUUGACGGUGACCGACCCCAAUGAAGCGUGGAUGGUGCACAUAUUGCCCGACGACACGGGGGCGUCGGCGAUUUGGGUGGCCCAGCGCAUCCCAGACGACCACAUCACUGCAGUGGCCAACCGCUUCGUGAUCCGCCGAGUCGACUUCAGCGAUACAGACAACUUUAUGUGGUCGGCAAACAUGCUUGGCAUUGCGAAGCACCACGGAUUCUGGGAUGGCACGACCGCGUUUGACUUUACAAGCGCGUACGCUGGCCCCCCAGACAUUACGCUGUCGUCGACACUUCGAGUCGGCCGCGUCCUGAGUCUGGCAAACCGCCACGUCGACUUCAACGCGUUCUCGGACCCCACAGGCACUUCCGUUCCGUUUUCGGUUGCCGUCGACAACGUGCUGACCGCGCAGGACAUCAUGCGCGUCCAGAGAGAUCACUAUGAAGGAACGAAUGCCGACUUGACGAAAGGCCCGGCGGCAGGACCGUACGGAGACCCGAAUCGAUACGAGGUCGCGGACGACGAUGUGCUCGACGGCCAUUUUGAACGAGCCAUCGGGAAUUACGAAGCUUCGUACACGUUUGUGUCGGUGCUGGACGCGACGCAUGGCCACAAUGAUCACAUCUGGUUCGGCCCUUAUUCCCCAGACUCCACCAUGUACACGCCCGUGUACGUCCUGUCGGAGCAUGUCCCCAUGCCGCUACGCCAUGGGUCGCUGCGCGAGUUUGACAUGUCGUCGGCGUAUUGGAUCAAUGCCCUCGUCGGAAACUAUGCGUCCAAGUGGUACGCAUUUGCGCACCCAGUGGUGGCCGCCGCCCAAAUUCACACGGAGACGAAUGCAAUUGCCCGGCAACAAGUGGUGCAUGCCCAAGCAAACGCGAUCGCGGCAAGUGGAAACUCGAGGCUGCUCGUGGCGUUGUUGACGAAUGCGUCCGCAGCGUUUGCGAAGACCAGCCAUGCCGACUCGACGGCGCUCUUUACGACGCUCAUGACUCGCUUCCACGACGGUGUCAUUGUUUCCAACUUGACGGACGAGUAUUUGGUCGCAACGUCCAUGUCGAUGCCUCGGUGGUGGCUCCAACUCGUCGGGUUCUACCCCUCGACGAGCCCGCCGCCCGAUUCUGUCGGGCGGGUUUGGACAUUCUCUCCCCAUUCGACUCCAUUGCCUGUGUUGAUUGCUGCGUGCACUGGUCUCGUGGGGUAUUUCGUUGGGCGACAAACGCGGCAUGCCAACUAUCUCGAGAUCCACUAAAGCUCCAUCACACGAACAUAUUCACGAAUCGACAUUGGCAAGG